AUGUCUAACGAAUCCACUACCGAAAGACGAGAGUUUACUCGUUCCAACGGAAUCGACUUUCCACAAAUUCGCUAUGCCACCAUGCUCAAGCUUAAGGUGGUGAGACUAGAGAACAUUGUCUUAGGCACUGAUCCCAAGCCUCGUCAUUUAACAAAAAGUGCUCUCGUGUUAAAUAUCAAACUUUGUGUUACCAAGCUCUAUCAAGGCUCUGUUACUGCCCAGGAAAUUUGGCAAAGGCUACUGGCUGAGUUUGCUGAUGUUGCAGCAUCUAAUGUCCAAUCACCUCUCGGUAAAUUCAACAGCUACAGGAUGAAUCCAGACCAUAAGGUCACUACCCAUGUCAAUGUCUUCAGGCAGAUGGCAGAGGAGCUUAGAGGUGUGAGACAGCCACAGUCUAUUGAUAUAAUCGUGUCCAAAAUCAUCCAAACUCUACCCCCAAGUUAUGCUGUGUUCGAGACGAUGUGGAGUGGUCUACCAGUGGCUGAUCUGACCAUGGCUAAUCUCACAGCCAAACUAUCGGAAGAGGAAAGAAAGCUGAAUGAUAGAAGUAAGCGAAACACAGUUUGA